AUGUGGUUACCGACGCCGUCCGUCGAGAGCAUAACACGGCCACGGUUAGCUGUGGCCGUAGUCUCUGCAGUGGCUGCGCUCUCAGCAGGAUACUAUGCAUACCAAGUCCGAUCGCAGAGCUUCGAAACACUGCCAGGUGGUGGUCUGCAUAGGAGCAAUGCCAUACGACGUCCACGACGGAACCGGCGAAACGAGGAUGGAUCAAGCUCAUCGUCUGAAGCUGCAGGUGAUGAAAAUGUCAACGCCGAGACGACCCUACCUUUAGGCGAUGGCGAGACGAUAGUCGAUGGUGGAGAUGAAUGGUGGAACGAUCCAAGUUCCUUUCCUUCGAGUCAACGAACUGGACACAACAUUGUCACUCUCUUGUUUCGCGUCUCGGAAGAUAACGCUCGCCGGAAUGGCUGUGUCCAUAGGGGUUGCCAGUGUAAUUCGUGCGGCAUGGUCCCCAUUCGAGGAGUCCGUUAUCGCUGCGCCAACUGUGCCGACUUUGAUCUAUGCGAAACCUGCGAAGCUCAAGGUGUUCACAUCAAGACUCACAUCUUCUAUAAAAUUCGGAUUCCCGCGCCACCUUUCGGUCCUAGGCAGAUGCAACCAGUCUGGUACACAGGUGAUCCAGACACUUGCAGACGUACCUUGCCCCGCAGUCUGAUACCCAAGCUGUCGCAAGACACUGGUUUCGAGAGGCCAGAGUUGGAAGCAUUUUGGGAGCAAUGGACAUUCAUGGCUAAUUCGGAAUGGAGGGAUGACCCUGAUGAGCUUUGUGUCGCAAUGGAUCGCAAAACGUUUGAGCGAUGCCUCGUUCCUACAGGGGGCUCCCGUCAUGCUGCACCAAAUCUUAUUCACGAUCGAAUGUUUUCCUUCUACGACUACAAUAACGACGACCUGAUUGGAUUCACUGAGUUUCUUCAUGGAUUAUCCUACCGAAAGCGAAAGGACAAGCUGCGCAAGAUUUUUACUGGAUACGACUUGGACAGCGAUGGAUAUGUUGACCGGAAGGACUUUUUGCGUAUGUUCCGUGCUUAUUAUGUGCUUUAUAAGCAGAUGCAUAAGGACAUUCUAGAUGGCCUGCAAGAUCAAUUACUCGCUAGCACCGAAGCUCAACAACUCGUUACCAGCCGCCAGCCACUGAGCAGUCUGUUUGGACGCGAGGGCAGAGUUCCUCCCGGCGAGGGUCAGUUCCGCCACGAAGGCAAAACGUAUCAUCGAGAUGGCAGCGUGGAUAUUGCUGAAGGAUAUGAGAAUGUCGUUGCACCGGAUCGUGGUGACACAGCGGCUCGAGGGGACAUUCUGACCAAUCUGUUUGCUUAUGACACCGAUCGUCGCUUUGGUUCCCGAAGACAAUACAUCACAAGGAACGACACUGAUAGCAACUGGCGAACGAUGCGUCGACUGAGCGGCAGCGAAAUUGACCGUACAUACUGGGUAGCGCUUUUGGAACCACCAUCAACUCUAGAGGAACUUCCUGGUCUUAUUAUGGAAACCAUUCACCCAGAGAUCGAGGAGCCUUCUGAUGAUGAGGAUGAGGAUGGCGAAGUAGCCGCUGACGGUGUUAAUGGAACCCGCAACGAGGAGAACGGUGUAGGGGGGCCUUCAAGGACAGAAAGCGAAAUCAGGGCCGGGACCGUUGCCAAAGAACGUAGCAGGGUUCCCAAAAUCGACAAGCGAAAACGGGACAUGGCGCGAAAGCAACUGCACGAGAGAUGGCGGAGGCGACAAUUCUACCUCGAUGAAGAGGAGGGCGGAGUCGAGCCAGAUGAUUGGCAAGGCAGUGAGGAUAUUCUCAGGGAUUUACGCCAGAUGGACGAGGAAUCGAACAAAUACGAACAACACGGCUCUUCAGCGGCGCAAAACGGGUCGAAGGCCCGCUUCACCAACGGCGAUGUCAAGGAACAGGAAGACUAUGAUACGACGACUUCGCCCAGCAGCGCUUCUGAGCAUAUCCCAGAAGGGAGACUACCCCAUGCUGAGCGCGAUGCGGGCAAAGAGAUUCUCUAUCAAGUUACUCAGCAAGCCUUCAACGAACUACUUGACACUAUAUUCAAGCCAGCGGAGGAUCUUGCUGUUGAAGCAGCUGAAACGAAAGAACAACGAGAAAGGUACAAAGAUGUGUUAGAUACCAUCGAACUUGGUGAUGAUGAAAGUUCCAAAUCCGUAGGCGAGGGUGACGUUAAGGUCAGGUCUGCCACGGAUAAGAGCCUCGAGGAACUCCUGUCCGAAACCGGAUACACCAUCGCCUUGCCCGAAGGACGAAAUGCCGUGGAAAUUGAUACCACAGUAGAAACCAUCCACGAAGACGGAACAGCAGAACCAGCUCCCAAACCAGAAACCGAGGAAGUUAUGCCGGUUUCUCAGGGUCAAGACCAAGAUCCUACUCUACCUCAAUUCCGACCCGACACAUCGGAUGUUGCGGCUACUUCUCCAGCUUUAUACUACCCCGUCACACAGCCUUCACCCGACAGUUCCGAUAGCGAUAGCGUUGAUGAGGAACAAGAGACUGAUAGCGCUCCCACAUCAGACAUGCUACGGCACUGGAAGCGCUUGAGUCUUGCAGAGGCCCAGGCUAUCAAGAGAGGCGGAUGGGGCAAACUGAGCUUCGACGAGUUCGAAGCUAUCUACAAGAGCCAGGAGCAUCAGGGCAACAGGCUAGACUACCUUGGAAGUUGGAUAGAUUUUUGCAUUCCUUAG